CGUGGCUUGCUCGACGGCGACGCUGUACGACAAUGUUCACGCCGCGCCGCUGUGCGGCUCCGGCGUGGGCCACCCUGGCUCCGUCACGCCGAUGGGGACAGCCACCGGAGCGGGGAAUUCCACCGGGGUGACCUGGUGGGGCAUAAUGAACGGUUCCCUCUACGAGGACAGCCCGCCACCGAUCCUACCGACAGCCUCCAGCCUCGUAUCGAUCCAGCAACAACAGCAGCAGCAACAACAACAGCAACAAACUGCAACGCCCGGUUCCCAUCAGCAAGCAACGACACCGACCUCGCCAGCGGCACCGGCGUCGAGCGCACCACCGGCGCCAACGGCCAGCGCGAGCUCGACGUCGCCGAGCGCCUCCUCGGUGGCGAGCAACAGUGCACCAGGUCCUCUCCACAUACCCGCCAAGAGGUUAACCGCGACGCCGGCCGCUUCCACUUACGGGGAAGUCGGUUGCGUCGAGUCAUCGACCGGUGGUGGAUCCUCCUCGGUCGCUUCCGGUGCCACGGACCCGGCCGUAUCCUCCUGUCAUCAGAGCUUCUCUCAGAGCUGGUGCAAUUACGCGCCGUACACCACGGCCAGGCAUCACCAUCCCGUCGACACGGCCGGUCAUCAUCAUCCUCACUCGCAAGCCGGGGUUCCUUACUUGACGCCGUCCGCGGCGGACGACCGGGGAAGGGUCACUGCCGCCAUGGUUGCUGCCGAAGGCGCCUUCUCUCACGAUGGCUACGGUGGCCUCAGGAAUUACGGAGCGCCCGAACCUGUCACCUCCAGUCCGUACCCACCUCCAGGUUCCCUGGCGGGAGUGGGCGUCGGAGUCGGCGUCGCCGGGAUGGGCUGCGGUAGUUCGAACCCUCUGGAGUGGACCGGGCAAGUGACGGUGCGAAAGAAACGCAAACCGUACUCCAAGUUCCAGACGCUCGAGCUCGAGAAGGAGUUCCUAUUCAACGCGUACGUCUCGAAGCAAAAACGAUGGGAACUGGCGCGCAAUCUGAAUCUAACCGAGCGACAGGUGAAGAUCUGGUUCCAGAAUCGACGCAUGAAGAACAAGAAGAACAGCCAACGGCAGACGCAGCAGCAGAACAACAACAACAACAGUAGCGCCAACAACGCGAAUCACCACGCGGCGACCGGUAGUCAUCACCAUCCGAGCGCCGCGCAUGCGCCACCCUCGAGUCACCACGUGGUCGCGCAGGCGCACCACGCGAACGGUUCAGCGAAGCAUCAUCACGGUGGUGGCGGGCACACCGGGACAAGCCACGGGAGCCUGGUUACAGGUCACAGCCAUACGCUUCACGCGCCCCAACCUCAAACGCCUCUGCCGACCCACGCGGCCGGUGCCUCGAGCACCGGCACGCCUCCCACCGCCGUCGUUCAUCCGCACAUUCACGCACACGCUCAUCAUCAUCAGUUGGCGCACGUGGCUCAGCAGUAUCCUGCGCUUCUUCAUCAUCAAACGCCUCAUGGCCUGGCCGCCUGAACACCACCAUCCUUCAGGCUCAUUCUUCCACGCCCCAGAGAAUAACAACGAGUCGACGAGUCGUCCGCGUAUACACACACACACACACAUACACACACACACAAAUAUACACGUAUAUAUAUAUAGAGAGAGAGAGAGAGAAACGGCUCGCCACCCUUGCAACGCAACUUCUCAUCGUCUUCGUCCUCGUCGUCGUCGUCGUACUUCGUGGCCAGUCGUUGUCAUUCGUGAAUCGACAGCCAUGGACGAAACAACGCGAUUGGAUAGAUAGAUCAUAUAUACCCACAGAAACACACAC